ACAGCAGCAGUAAAAACAGACGAGCCACAGAUCGCUGAAUGGACCAUGCUGAAGACUCUCUUGUUUACUAACAGUCUGUAUCGGAUUUUUCUUUGUUUUCACAUUUUUCUUUGUUAUGCAAGCAAAUUACUUUAAAACGUUACAGAAUAAGAAACUGUUAACUCGGUGGAUUUACAAAUAGCUCAAGAUGGCUUUGGUGCCCUAUGAUGAGAAUCUACUUCCUGCUCUGUCCAAACUUCACCAGACUUCAGCUGAAUUUAAUCUGGCCAAUCACAGGAUCAGACUCAGCCAGGACUGGAACCGAUUGGGUGUCGCUGCUGUGGUCUGGGACGCCGCGGUCGUGCUCUGCAUGUUCCUGGAGAUGGGAACGGUGGAUCUGAAAGGAAAGAGAGUUAUUGAGCUCGGAGCCGGCACAGGUUUGGUGGGCAUUGUAGCUGCUCUGCUUGGAGCCAGCGUGACAAUUACAGACCGAGAAGCUGCACUGGAAUUUCUGACUGCCAAUGCAGCUUUGAUCUGAUCCUGGGAGCCGACAUUGUUUACCUGGAGGAGACGUUUCCCGCCCUGCUGCAGACUCUUGAGCACCUGAGCGCGGAGAACACGGUGGUGUUGUUGUCCUGCCGGAUUCGUUACGAGCGAGACGAG